ACUGCUUCUCCCUCUCUCUCUCUCUUCUCUCUCUCUCCCUCUCUCUCUCUCUCUCCUUUGCAGGGUAGUAAAGGGUAGAAGAUCCUAAAGCUCCAACACAGUCCAAAAAACACAAGAAAGAAAAGAGAGAGAGAGAGAAAAAAGAAGCGUGAACAUAUAUAGUAAGAGUAAGUAGUGACUGAGAAAUUUAUCAGUAGUUGCAGCAGCAGCAGCAGUAACAGGAGAAGAAGAAGAAGGAGAUGGUGACGGUGAAAGAGGAGACGAGGAAGGGACCGUGGACGGAGCAGGAGGACCUGCAACUGGUAUGCUUUGUGCGAUUGUUCGGUGAACGUCGUUGGGAUUUCAUUGCCAAAGUCUCAGGUCUCAAUAGGACUGGAAAGAGUUGCCGCCUCCGGUGGGUCAACUACCUCCACCCGGGGCUCAAGCGCGGCCGCCUCACCCAGCACGAAGAGCGCCUCAUCCUCGAACUCCACUCGCGAUGGGGCAACCGGUGGUCGCGAAUUGCUCGUAGGCUCCCAGGCCGCACAGAUAAUGAGAUCAAGAACUACUGGAGGACCCAUAUGAGGAAGAAGGCGCAGGAAAAGAAGAGGAACAACAACAACAACAACAACAACAACAACAACAACAACAACAACAACAAACUGUCGCCUUCGUCGCCGUCUUCGUCGAUAACCUAUCAAUCCUCUCUCAAUGAAGAUCCACCACCAAAAGCUUGUACAGGGGUUGAGAAACUGGAACCUAAUAGUUUGAGCAGAUGCAGCGGCAUUGAUGAUGACGAUCAUGAUCAUGAUGGCAUGCAUGGAUGCUACCCCAUGGAACAGAUAUGGAAGGAGAUAGAGGCAUCUGAGGCUGUCCGAGAUGAUGCAUGCAACAUCUCAUGCCACCCAAUGAUGAUGCCCCCUCCUACCCCUUUGUGGGACUAUAACUCAAUUUGGAGUAUAAAUGAUGAUGAUGAUGAGUCCAAGAACAUGUUAUUUUCCUCUCCACUGGGAGAAGUAUUUGGGGUCAAAUUGUUGUCAUAGUAGAGAGUAAUCUUGUUGAAAAGUUAAACAUAGGAGGUUUGUGUCUUUGCUUGUAGUCUUUUGUAGAUGUGAAGUGACUUAAUUUGUAGUAGUGAAACUAAUAUGUUAGGAUGAGGUUAUUUGUAUUGUAAGAUCUUAGCCGUGCUUAUAAAUACUCAAAUGUGUGCUUCAUAGUGUAUUGAUCCAUAUUGAAAAGAGACUUGUAACAGUUUGUUUGCCUAAGGCUUCAUGUUCUUAGGUAAACUGUGUUUCUAUUGAGUCACCUAAAUAAAGGAACUUAUCAAGCUUGCUCUC